AUGAACCGAUACGUCACUAUUCGUCCUUCUCUGAACCGAUUAUUUUUAGCAGGAAUAUUGAUUAUAUGUAGUUUAUGUGUUAUACCCGUGAUAUCUCGAUUUGCUACGUUUGGUAGUAAGCAAAUUGCUUUUACAGGUCCUUUACUACCUCCACAAAGACAAUUUCCUUUUACUGAAAGUAAAAAAAGUUUAGAAGAAUUAGAUCAAGAAUUAUUUAAUGAUAUUUUACCAUCAGUCUCUCUUUAUACAAAUCGGGGAGUUAAUUUACAAACAACAAGUCUAACAUGUAAAAUGUGUCGUUCCAUUGCUUCGAAAAUUGGAGAAAUUAUGAUGUUAAACGUUACCCAAACUAUAGCAAUCGAAGAAGGAAUUCUUAUCUGUACAGCGUUUAGAAUUCAACCUUAUCGCGUGUGUGCAGAAAUUUUGCCAAAAUUUGGACCAUGGGCCAUGACAGUUUUAGCAAAUUCAGUAUUUUCAGCAGAUAAUUUAUGUUCAAAAGCUCAUUUAUGCCCUAAACUUGAUCAUCCUGAAAAACCUGAAUUGAUUGAUCUUCCACCCCCAAGAUCUUCCGAAUCUGUAGAACCUACUACCAUCAAACCAAAUGAAUCAUCUCAAGAUGAUGAAAAAAUGUGGGUUGUCCAUUUAAGUGACUGGCAUUUCGAUCCAGAAUAUUCUGAAGGGUAUGAAGUUAAUUGUGGUGAACCAGUUUGUUGUCGACCACCUAAUGCUUUUGGUGAUGAGGCAACAACUCCAGCUGGAAAAUGGGGAGAAUAUAAUUGCGAUGCUCCAAAGAGAUUGAUUGAAAGUAUGUUGGAAUUUAUGCCUAACGUGGUACCGAAAAUUGAUUAUAUUUUAUCAACUGGUGACUUACCCCCACAUGAUGUUUGGGCUGAGACACAAUCAUCGAUAAAGGAAAUAACAAAUAAAACAGCGAAUAUUUGGCGUAAAUUCUUUACAUCAGCCCCAUAUUUUCCAAUUAUUGGAAAUCAUGAAUCAGCACCUGUAAAUUCAUUUCCAACAUCAUCUCUCGACGAUGUUUCCUCGGUUUCUUGGUUAUAUGAUACUUUAUCAUCACAAUGGAAUAUUUGGUUGACUCAUGAUGAACGUCAAUCUAUUGAACAAAGAGGAUUCUAUUCAGCAAGAAUACCCAAUGAUAAUAUGCGAAUAAUUGGAUUAAAUACUAAUUUCUGGUAUAAAUUUAAUUGGUGGAUGCUUAUGAGACCAAAAUCUGAAUGGGACCCUGAAAAUAUGUUAAAUUGGUUAAUUAAAGAAUUAGAUGAUGCAGAAAGGCUUGGAGAAAAAGUUUGGAUUCUUGGGCACAUGAUAGCUGUAAGUGGAGAUGCAUUCCCAUCUUUUAAUAGCUAUUUCUCUCAAAUAGUUGCAAGAUAUAAGGACAUUAUUGUUGGACAAUUUUUCGGACAUACUCACUGGGAUGAAUUUCAAGUAAUUUAUGAUUAUCAUAAUGGUAAUGAACCGCGACCAGUUGGUGUCGGUUAUAUGGCACCUAGCGUAACAACAUUUAGAAAUGUGAAUCCUGCUUUUAGAGUAUAUAAAAUUCAUAAGAAAACCAAGAAAAUUUUAAAUCACUAUACUUAUUAUUUGGAUAUUGAGGAAGCAAAUCGUAAAAAUAAACCUGAAUGGAAAUUAUUAUAUGAUGCUAAAUCAUUAUAUAAAUUACAAGAUUUUGAACCGCAGAGUUGGCAUGAUUUAUCUGAAAAAUUCUUAACUGAUGAUGAUACGUAUCAAACAUUUAAGAAGACCGCUUCACGUAAUCAGGCAUUAAAUAAAUAUGGAUCAUGCAAUACAUUUGAAUCAUCACAACAAUGUAAAAAGCGAAUUGUAUGUAAACUUAGAAGCACAUUUUCAGGACAUGGACCAUUUUCAUCACAUGAAUUGUGUAAAAAACAAAUGUGGAUACCACAAUUACCCGAAGAUUGGUUUUUAACAGCAACACUUGGUAAAAAAGUUAAUGUAUUUGUUGAUAUGGAUAAAUUUGAAGGGGAAGAAUAUGGAGAUGGAGAUGGAAAUAUGAAUGAUGAAGAUUAUGGAGAUAACUUAGAUAGUUUAUUUGAAUCACAAGAUGAUAAUGAUAAAUCUGGAGAUGGUGAAAAUGGAGAUGAUAAUAAACCUGAUGAUGAUAUUACUAUUGAAGGAUUAUCUAAAAUUCUUGUUAGAAUGGCUUUGGGAUUGGUUUUAGGUGGCGAUGAUGCUAUUUGUAGAUAA